GGCCCCUUCAAAAGAACCAAGCUAACACUUAUAGCUUGUACCGAACCAAAUAAACCCCCAGUUUGAAAUACACAGAGGCACUGACAAGCACACAUGCGCGAGCUUCUUCUACUCUCUUCACCAGUUCGGCUCCAUAUCUUCAUCCAACUACUCCUGUUGCUGCUGCCGGUUCUCCGCUCUUCUACACUUCCCAUCAACUGUCACACCGAUGGUGAAGAAGCAACCAUUGAGCUCGCUCUUCUACCCCGCCAACUCGGCCAACAACGACACUCCGCCGUCGUCGCCUCCCACUCCGACGGCCACCCCACAAGCAUGGAUGUGGCCGUCGUGCAAGAACCCAACCGCUCAUUCCUUCCGGUCCCCGUCCGCUUCUGCGGCGGCAGCGGUGGCAGCCAAGAACACCGCAUCCCUUUUCGUUGACUCCGCCGAGUCCUCCUCCUUCACCAACUCCUCCGCGCGCAUGCACCACGACUGUGCCGCCUCCGACAGCCUCUCCACGGAGUCCGAAGCCUCCGGCGCCGCGGCCGAGGACAUGGCUGACGCCAUAGUCCGCGGUCUCCGGUCCGACCGCCUCCGCUUCGAGCCCCGCGCGCCCUCUAGCUCCAUCCUGGAGAGGAAGCCACCUCCAGCACCCGCGCGCGGUCAUGAGGCUGCGGGGGCGAUGUCGUUCGGCGGCGGCGUCGCGGUGGCGUUCGAGUCCGCGGACCCGUACCGGGACUUCCGGUCGUCGAUGGAGGAGAUGAUGACGGCGCACGGCGCGGGCGACUGGGACUGGCUGGAGAAGAUGCUGGGGUGGUACCUCCGCGCCAACGGCAAAGGCACCCACGCCGCCAUCGUCAGCGCGUUCGUCGACCUGGUCGUCACCACGACGGCCAGCUGCUCCUCCGGCCACUCCUCCUUCACGCUCGCCGGGAGCGACCUGGAGAGCAGCAGCGCCGGCCGCAAUGGAUCUUUCCGCCUGAGGUGGCGUGCAGGUGUUGUGGGGCGCGGGAGGUUCGUGGAGGCGGUCUCCAGUGACGCUGGAGCAGGCCGUGACGACGUCGAAGUACAGGGGCGCGGGUGGCAGGGGUGCGCUGCCGGAGUUCGUCGGCGCGAGCAGGGACGAGGGCAUCUUCCGCGUGCCGCUACAGCGGCCAUGCACCUUGGCUGCUCGCCGGAGUUCAAGGUGCGGCUCCACCCGGCGCUGGAGACGCAGGUGAGCUCCUUCCAGCGGACGCUCGCUUGCGAGCCGCACCUUCGCCAGCUUGGGCAGGGGCGGAGUCCGGGCUUCGGGUAUGCGACGAGCGGGGAUGCCUCUAUCCGACUGGAUCUGGACGAACUUGGCGGCGGCGAGGUGGUUCCAGGCGAGAAGGUGCGCGGCGGCCGGUUGGUGAGUUGCGGCUGGUCCGCGUGCGCGCGCGGGUGGGGUGGGGGGCAGCGCCAGCUCCGAGAAGAUCGAGACCCACCGCCGCAUGGCAGCAGGCCGCUCCUCGGCCGGGCGCAGGGGCGGGACAGGCGGCGUCCCCUGCCUCGCCCUUGGUGCGGCAACGGCGAUGACGGGCCUCUGCCUCAGCCGGGGUCGGGACGGGCGGCGGUCGAGGUCGGGCCGGCCGGUGGCUGUGGUCGGGACGGACGACGGCGCGGCUCUGCCACGGCUCGGGACGGGCGGCGGUGUAGUGAAGAUAAGAUGAACCCUUUUUCUCUUCCAAUGACAUGUGGACCCCAUAGGGCCACACAUGAUGAUAUAAUAGUACCAAAUGUCGCCGUUACAUGUGAGAUGUUAAGCGGUGCCACGUCAGCCUGACUGGCGGGCCCUACCUGUCAUAAACUCACUUAACAUGGUCAGAUCCGCCGAUCAGUGGUUUUUGCAAAACCAUUACGCAAGAUGUGAUGUUUUCUGCAGAGAAACUGUAUCCUAGUGUUUUUCGCAAACCGAGCCUUC